AUUAAUGAUCUAGUAGUACGAGUUCACAAGUAAAGCCAUUCGAAUGCCACCAAGAUGAGGGGAGUUUUCGUUGUGAUAUUUUGUUGUGGAUUUCUUCAGUUAGUCUCAAGCCAAUGCCGCACCGUCCGAAAAACAAACGAAAACUGGGGUUGUUAUAACGACGGUAAGGAGCUGGAGCCGGGGGAGUACUUUGAGGACCCUGUCACCUGUGACGAGUGUACCUGUCUGGGAGGGGGCUUCCUCUCCUGCUGCGCGAAUGCGGUGACUUUUAGCGACCUGUCCCCGGACUGUGAGGUGGUAAAGGACGGGUGUAAGGCGGUGGCAGUGCUGAAGAGUGACCGAUCCAAACUCUGUCCCGAGGUCACGUUCACGGGGAAGAAAAAGUGAAGACAGACAGUCCAUAAAUUUCAUAUCUGUAUGAAGUACUUACUCUUGUAACAAAUAAAGUGUGAUUUUUCUCAAAUUUUGUGCAUGAA